CAACACUCUCUUCCUCCAUCUGAAAAGGAGCAUCGGAGCAUCGCGUUUGUGUCGCGAAAUCAUCAACUUUCACUCUCUUUCUCGGGCAAUCGUUGGUGAUAUUUACUCGCAGACUUCAACAGACGACGGGCUAUUUUUAGCACAAUGGACGGCGACCACCAACCUGAAUUGCCUCGAAAAAGACGGAAACUUGGUGAUGAAGAUGAGUCUGGUCGAGAAAGGGCACACCACAAGACCUUAGAUAGGUCGGUUUCCCCACCUCCAACUCGACGCAUCCGAACUACGCCUCCAAAAUUGGUUCCCUCGCCUUUCCAGCUCACGUGGAUCCGAGAUCUCCCAGAAUCCUGCAAUGUCGAUGCGGUUUCCUUGAAAGAUAUACUUGGUGAUCCUCUGAUCGCUGAGUGUUGGGAAUUCAAUUAUCUUCAUGAUCUUGAUUUUCUCAUGGAAGCAUUUGAUACCGAUGUAAAGGAUUUGGUCAAAGUUCAUGUUGUUCAUGGGUUCUGGAAGAACGAGGAUACUUCACGCCAGAAUCUGAAGGUAGGUACUCCGAGUCCAUAAUCCUCAGAUUUUAUUGACGUGUUUCACAGCUUCAAGCGGCAAAGUACCCCAAUAUUACUCCCCAUACGGCCUACAUGCCAGAGAUGUUCGGAACUCACCAUUCAAAGGUAGGUCAUAAUUAGUCUCAAUGCCACUGAGCUUGUAGGCCAAGUUUCCCCUUAUAGGAGCGUGUUUUUCUGGACAAAUUUUCUUAUUCGAUUGAUAAGUGCUAUUUCUUUAGACAAGAAAAGCCUAAAUCAGUUGCUUAGCUCCCCGGAUUUUCUCCACUGUCCGUGGAAUGAUUGAACGCUCCCCUUCCAGAAGACCCUUUUAUCACCACUAUCAUUUCUUUAAAUUUCUCUGUCUCACAAUGCCUAAAACACUUACUUUUGCUUUGUCUCUGUCUCUAGGAUUACUAAAACUUGAAGCGUGUUGUCCUGGGCUUAACUGAUUUUUGUUCUUCAAGAUGAUUAUUGUACUGCGCCAUGACGAUACCGCCCAAGUCAUCAUCCACACUGCAAACAUGAUCAGUUUUGACUGGACUAACAUGACUCAAGCUGCCUGGAGAUCACCUCUAUUGCCAAAGUUAUCUAGUAACACCCCGGUUGAAAGAGAAUCAAAGGAAGUUGGCAGUGGGGCAAAAUUCAAAGUCGACCUCCUGAAUUAUCUCAAAGCUUACGACACUAAGCGAACAAUAUGUAAGCCUCUUAUUGAAGAGCUAUCCAAGUACGAUUUCUCGGCCAUUCGAGCUGCUCUAGUGGCCAGUGUCCCUUGCAGACAAGAUAUGCAGACGGACUCGAAGACUUCUUGGGGGUGGGUAGGAUUAAAGAAAGUCUUGGAUGUGGUACCGGUCAAAGGCGACGAACCUGAGAUUGUGGUCCAAAUAUCUUCGAUAGCUACUCUAGGUCCGAAUGACAAGUGGCUUGAUAAAACAUUCUUCAAAUCACUGCAGUCUUCGAAGAACCAACCACGCCCAAGAUCUACAUUCAGAAUUGUAUUUCCAACAGCAGAGGAGAUACGGAAAAGCUUGAACGGAUAUAGUUCUGGAAGUGCGAUCCAUACCAAAAUCCAGUCAGCCAACCAGGUGAAGCAAUUACAGUACUUGAAGCCACUUUUCACACACUGGGCUGGGGACACAUCUGAAGAUAGCCAAGGUAAAUGAUCUCUAAUAUUAGCAUAUCUGUAUUCUGAGCUAAAAGUCCAAAGCUUUCUCUGUCUCGACUUCAGAUUCUGGACGCAAAAGAGCAGCACCUCACAUCAAAACCUACGUACGAUUUACAGAUAAACGUAGGUCAUCAAUUGACUGGAUGCUUCUAACCUCAGCAAACCUUUCAAAACAAGCAUGGGGAGAAGCAACCAAUUCCGCUGGGGAGGUCCGCAUAUGUAGCUACGAGAUCGGAGUGAUGGUCUGGCCUGAGCUAUAUGGAGAGGAUGCUACAAUGAUACCCACUUUCAAGAAGGAUUCACCACCGGCGGAUUUGAAAACGGAGAAGGUCUUGGUUGGAGCUAGGAUGCCCUAUGAUUUUCCGCUGGUUCCGUAUGGGAAAAAUGAGAUUCCCUGGUGUGCAACUGCCUCGUAUACAGAGCCAGAUGUAAGUUAUUAAUUGCCUCUCCUUUAAAUUUGGGACCAAUGAAGCUAAAAUAAUGUCGCAGUGGAAGGGGGAUACUUGGAAUGUUGGUUAGAUAGAUUGAAGGUACUGUACAAGAAAUAGUCGUAUUAGCUUCGCGUUAGUUACCAGGGCCCCAAAUAGCUACAUGCCAAGGCCUCAAGUCAAUUAUCAAGCAAUCACAUAGCAAGGAACAUAAAAAAUC